UAUAAAUUCCCUAGCCGAGAGUGAUAUCGUCUGCACUCUCCCCGGCCGUUCGUGUCUGGUGUUGUUUCUACUGAGACUAAAAAUGGCUGCAGGUAAGGCACAAAUUGGAAAGCUGGCUCCAGACUUUACAGCAAAAGCGGUGAUGCCAGACGGACAGUUCAAGGACCUGACACUCUCAGACUAUAGAGGAAAGUACGUUGUCUUUUUCUUCUAUCCACUGGACUUCACAUUUGUGUGUCCGACUGAGAUCAUCGCUUUCAGCGAUGCCGCUGAUGAAUUUAGGAAGAUUGGCUGUGAAGUCAUCGCCGCCUCUGUUGACUCCCACUUCUCUCAUUUUGCAUGGACCAACACACCACGUAAACAGGGUGGCCUGGGUGCUAUGAAGAUCCCGCUUGUUGCCGACACACGGCGCACCAUCUCCACAGAUUAUGGAGUCCUGAAGGAGGAUGAAGGGAUCGCGUACAGAGGUCUGUUCAUCAUCGAUGACAAAGGGAACCUGAGACAGAUCACCAUUAAUGACCUCCCAGUUGGACGCUCUGUUGAGGAGACCUUACGUUUGGUUCAAGCCUUUCAGUUUACUGACAAACACGGAGAAGUCUGCCCAGCUGGCUGGAAACCAGGAAGUGACACCAUCAAGCCCGACAUCCAGAAGAGCAAAGAUUUCUUCUCCAAGCAGUAAUAAACCCAAGACAUUUGUCUGCUGUCUGCUGUAGAUUAUUGCAUUUCCAACAAUGUUUAGAUCAGCUGCGGCAUCUGCUUGAUGUCAGCAUGCUAUGUAUGUUCUGUUGUCUGUAGAAUGAACACUGUACUCAGACCAAAGUGUGUAUUUGUGUAAUGAUGCUGUGGUAAUGUAUGAUGUAGUCACUAUCUGACAGAGGUAAAUGUCUUCUUGGUUUAUCAUGUCAUUCCUCAUUGUUGUUAAAAACAAGGGACCUUACAAACAGAAGCCAGAUCACUCAAACUCUUUAAGUUGUAUGUUUUUGUUAUUUUUUUUUUAUUACAGUGAACCACAAAAGUUAUUUCAUCUAAAUAAAGCUGUAAAACCAC